GAGAAACCAAUUUUAUAAACCAGACGUGUCUCUCCUUCAUUCUUCAAAUUCUCUUCAACCAGAAUCUCAAUCAACGCGAUAUGUACGGACCAAACAAUAAUACCCAUUCACUAUUCGGUUACACCACCUCACCCGACUGCGCCGCCAAUUUCCCUCUACUCGACGUGACGGCCAACGGUUACUUAGACGCAGCAACAGAGACGGUGGCGCCGACAUUGAAGUCGGAGGUGGGAUAUAUGAGCAGUGGAUGCAGUAGCUACGGGUCUGGGAGUUCGGGUACCAACGGUUGUUACUCGGGUCUCACACCGAGACAGAGUUUGAUGCAGAGGAGUGUCAGCACUCAGUCGCUUCGCAAGAACAAUAGUAAUGGAGUUCGCCAGGUGCUGCCAGCGGCGGACCUAUUGGACUGGGAGACUAGUCAGGUGAGGAGGGUGUUCAGUGCCGGUGACUUGCAGGGGUUUAAUGUGGGGCAACAUUACCACCGAUCAGAGGAGAGCUCAUUGAGCCCAUUAUCGAGUGAGAUUAGUAUCAUAGAAGGUAUGAGCAAAGCCUACCCUUAUAGCCCAGAGGAGAAAAAGGAGAGAAUUGAGAGAUAUAGAAGCAAGAGAAACCAAAGAAACUUCAACAAGAAGAUUAAGUAUGAAUGUAGAAAAACUUUGGCUGAUAGUAGGCCGCGCAUCAGAGGACGAUUUGCUAAAAACGAUGAAGUCGGAAAGAGCUCCCAAAAUCAAUUGAGUCAUAUGGGUAUAGAGGAAGAUGAUGAAGAUGAUAGCAAUUGGAUCAACUUUCUCGACUCAUUUUCAGCCAGUCUAAUUCCUUAAUUAAAUCUUAAAAGGUUUUAUGAUCUAAAUGUUUUAGCAAAAUAUAGUGUGGCAAAAUUUUAGAUUGCUUGGUCUUUAUUUUAGUGACGCAUUCUAGAAGGCUUGUAUGUCUUAAGCUAAGGUUUGGUAUCAUUGUGAAUUCAUAAAAAUCCAAACCGAUUUCAAGUUUCAAUAAUAUUGUCUCAAAGUUAUUGUUAUCA